CGCCCCAUCUGGCGUAGCCUAACUGUUACGCACCGUCUUCCGUGACUCAGGAGUGUCCAUGGUGCAGAAUCGGGUGCCAUAGCACAUCUAUAGACGUGGCCGUCGUAUGCUGUGCUGCGUUCGCUCGGCUGGCGCAGUGUCCCGUGUGGAGCGAGAGAGGGCGAAGUUUACUCUGCCUGCAUUGCAGCCUGAGCGCUGCUGGAAUCGAACACAACAAUGGCGUCUCCCAGUUCCAACAGCAACUCAACAACCUCCAACAGCAACAUCGCAGGAUCCACCUCGCACCAUCAUCACCCGCAAACACAACACAUGACCACCGUCAGCAACAUGCAAGAAAUCAACACGUGCUGGAGAUGUCAAAAUGAAACAGGGUUUCAGAUAAGCCUGUCUGGAGUGCCCCAAAGUAAACGUAAAGCCCUGAAGCUGAACUUCGCCAACCCUCCAGUGAAGCCAGCUACCAGGUUGCCCCUCAAUCCCUCACCUUCAACUGCCCCCUCCUUCCAGAACCCACACAUAGAGCGUAUGAGGACACACAGUAUCGAGUCGUCGGGGAAGCUGAAGAUUUCUACAGAGAAUGCCUGUGACUUCACGGCCGAAGACCUGAGGGACCUGGGGGAGAUCGGCCGCGGGGCCUACGGCUCCGUCAACAAGAUGCAGCACAAACCCAGUGGACAGAUCAUGGCCGUCAAGAGGAUCCGUUCCACGGUGGAUGAGAAGGAGCAGAAGCAGCUGCUGAUGGAUCUAGACGUGGUGAUGAGGAGUAGUGACUGUCUCUAUAUCGUCCAGUUUUACGGAGCUCUCUUCAGAGAGGGCGACUGUUGGAUAUGUAUGGAACUAAUGUCUACCUCAUUCGACAAAUUCUACAAAUAUGUAUAUUGUUCGUUAGAUGACGUCAUUCCAGAGGAAAUAUUAGGCAAAAUCACAUUAGCAACCGUUAAAGCACUGAACCACUUAAAAGAAAACUUGAAAAUAAUUCACAGAGACAUCAAACCUUCCAACAUUCUCAUGGAUCGUAACGGUAACAUCAAGCUGUGUGACUUUGGCAUCAGCGGCCAGCUGGUGGACUCAAUAGCCAAGACCAGAGACGCAGGCUGCAGACCCUACAUGGCGCCGGAGAGGAUAGACCCCAGUGCUUCCAGACAAGGCUACGACGUCCGAUCAGACGUGUGGAGUUUGGGGAUAACCCUGUACGAGCUUGCCACCGGCAGGUUCCCCUACCCCAAGUGGAAUAGUGUGUUUGAUCAGCUGACCCAGGUGGUGAAGGGCGAGCCGCCCCAGCUCUGCAACUCUGAAGACAGGCAGUUCUCCCCCAAGUUCAUCAACUUUGUCAACUUAUGCCUCACAAAGGAUGAGUCAAAACGGCCAAAGUACAAGGAGCUCCUGAAACACCCGUUCAUCCUGAUGUACGAGGAGAGGUGUGUGGAUGUGGCCAGCUACGUGUGUCGCAUCCUGGACCAGAUCCCAGCGUCCCCCAUCUCACCCAUGUACCUGGACUGACUGGGGGGGACACUUUGCACCGCAACACACAUGCCGGGGGGCAGUACACCGCAUGACAUCUUAGCCCUCAGAUACAGAGUUACAAUAGUAUCAUCUGUUUGUUUCCAUGUUCCAAAGAACACGAGAACAAUUUCAUAUAAAAAAACGUAUCGCCCUGUGCAAUACGAUAAUACACACACACACUCACGCUUGUUCAGUGUCAAUUAAAAUAUCUAGAUUAUCCUCCCGUCUUCAGACAGCUAAACUUGAAGACAUUCAGUUGGCUCAACGUAUGUAUGACGUUCAUCUUUUUUUUAUGUGCUAGAAAAAAGGGUUAGAGUACAUAUACUGUAUAUGUACAGGUGUGUGUGUGUGUGUGUGUGUAUGUAUGUAUGUAUGUAUGUAUGUAUAUAAAUAUAUAUAUUAGUACCAGUCAAAAGUCUGGACGCCUACUCAUUCCAAGGGUUUUGUUUAUUUUAACAAUUUUCUACAUGGUAGAAUAAUAGGGAAGACAUCAAACUAUGAAAUAACACUUAUGGAAUCAUGUAGUAACCAAAAAAUGUGUUAAACAAUAAAACAUUUGUUUUUGUUUUUUUGUUUUGAGAUUCUUCAAUGUAACCACCCUUUGCCUUGAUGACAGCUUUGCACACUCUUGGCAUUCUCUCAACCAACUUCAUGAGGUAGUCACCUGGAAUGUAUUUUAAGUGUCUCUACUUUUACUGGUACUAUAUAUUUACGCACACACACAUACUUGAAAAUCGAUGUAAACGAAUACAGAAGUUACCAAAUAAACAUGUUGGAAAGUGA